AUGGAAUUUGAUUACAAUAACAGCUACCACUCCAGUAUAGAAAUGGCUCCUUUUGAAGCUUUAUAUGGUCGAAAGUGCAGAACACCAGUUUGUUGGGAUGAAGCUGGAGAUAAAGUUUUUCUUAAAUUAUCUCCUUGGAAAGGGGUAUUGAGAUUUGUAGCAUAUCGAUUAGAUUUGCCAACUGAAUUAUCUCGAAUCCAUGAUGUUUUCCAUGUCUCUAUGCUUCGCAAGUACAUUGUAGAUCUUUCUCAUAUUCUAGAGUCUCAUCCAGUCCACUUGAAGGAGAAUUUAACUUAUAUAGAGGAGCCAGUGAAAAUUUUAAACAAAAAGGUGCAAAUUCAGCUGAACAAGACGGUCUCACUUGUUAAGGUACUUUGGCAGAAUCAGACAGUAGGUGAGGCUACAUGGGAGCAUGAGGAUCAGAUGCGUGUUCAAUAUCCUCAUCUAUUCGUUAUCUAA